AUGACCGCUAUCGCUUUCGUGACAAUUGCGCUGAUUUUCGGCAUAUUGCCGCUUCGAAUCACUUCCGAAUUGUGCUACUCGUGUUCGGGCACAUGCCACAGUGAGCCAUGCAAUUGUCAGAUGGGCUCAUGCCAAGCCAAUCAGUGUUUCAUCGAGAAGAAACCCACCGAAAUUCCAGGAAUUAUGAAAAUCACUAAAGGGUGUCUACGUCGAACAUCUCGAAUGCAUUCCGGAUGUCAGCAUGAUCAUUUUUCCGAUCAUAUUCUUUGCGUUUGUCACGGAAAAUUCUGCAACAGCCACGUUGUGAUGGACUCGAAGGUCUCGUUCCGCAAUAUUUCGUGUCGGCAGUGCACCGAAAAGAAUCCCGACUGCGCGGACACUUGCAUCGGCCAUUGGUGCCAUGAGGAUAUUACAACCGGCGCGUCUGGCUGCGGUUACGGACCGCCAGCACUCCCAUUUUACUACCGCGGACCAGAAAUCUUCUAUUAUCGCAGCAAAGUUUGUGUAACACUGUCGAGGGGGGCUGGCAAACCGAGAAGACAUUGCAUUUGCAACACGCACAUGUGUAAUACAGUUUACAAUAUGAAAAAUCUGAUUAUGAUGAGGGAUCGCGACAGAGAGAAGGAGUCGAGUUUGCGGUCAAGAUCAUUAAUUAUGAGUAAUCCUGACUUUACACUUCCUCUCCAAACUUGCUAUAAUUGCGAGGUGAACACGAUGGAUCCAACAGCAGUCUCAAUGACAUCAUCCUGUCGAAGCAAUCGGUGCAUGGGCCACUAUUGCACAUAUGCAGCUCAGAGGCAUUUCAAUAAUAAUGGCGGCAGAAUGAACACAAUUCGAUCAGUCAGCGAGCUUCAAGGUUGCAUGAAUGUCUCCGAUAGCACUCAUGUUCAAUUAGGAUGUUCACGUAAAUGGAUAUCAGAGGAAUACGAGGACAUGCAUUGUGCUUGUACCGGCCAUCUAUGCAACAGCGACUCAACUACCGCCAUCUCAACCCGCAGUUAUUCGCCAAUUUUUCCGAUAUUAAUUUGCUUAUGUGUUGCUCUAGCUCUUCAUUAG